AUGUCUGUUCUAUCUCAGGAGCCCCGGAAGGACUUCCCCAACCGCCCUCAAUUCUCGGGGUUCAUGAAGCCAUGCCGAGUAGAGGGCGAAGUUUUGAACCUGGAGGUCUAUGGCGACAUCCCAAAGGACAUUGAUGGCACAUUCUACCGCGUGAUGCCGGAUCCCCAAUUCUCACCUUUCAUCGAAGAUGACCCGUGGUUCAAUGGCGAUGGCAGCAUCAGCGCCUUCAAGAUCAAGAACGGCCAAGUCUCCUUCAAGCAGCGCUAUGUCCGAACGGAGAAGUUUGUCCGAGAGCGAGAGGCUCAACGGGCAUUGCUUGGCAAAUAUCGCAACAAGUUCACUGAUGCCGUGGAUUUCAAGAUCCGCACCACAGCUAACACAAACGUCGUUCACUUCAACGGCAAAUUGUUGGCUCUCAAGGAAGAUGCCCCCCCAUAUGCAUUGGAUCCUCACACCCUCGAGACAAGCGGUCUGUACGACUUCGAUGGCCAGCUGCCCAGUUUGACAUUCACCGCACACCCCAAGUUUGAUCCCAAGACCGGAGAGAUGCUUUGCUUCGGAUAUGAAGCCAAGGGCGAUGGAACUCCUGAUGUCUGCUACUACCGCAUUGGUGCGGAUGGAAAGUUCCUGGAGACUGUUUGGUUGUCUGCUCCUGUUGUAGCUAUGAUUCACGAUUUCGCUGUGACAGAGAACUGGGUCCUCUUUCCUAUCAUUCCCCAACUCUGUGAUAUUGAAAGAAUGAAGCAGGGUGGUGAACACUGGCAAUGGAGCCCCGAAACUCCAUUCUACAUUGGAGUCCUUCCAAGACGCGGCGCAAAACCAUUUGAUAUCAAGUGGUUCCGCUACCAAAACUCCUUCCCCGGUCACGUAUCCAAUGCGUAUGAAGACGACUCCGGUAAUAUCCUUCUCGACCUCGCCCUGAGCGAGAAGAACGUGUUCUUCUGGUGGCCCGAUGCGCAAGGCAACUCCCCCGAGCCCAGCUCCAUCAGCUCGCAGCUCACCCGAUUCACAAUCGACCCCAAGUCCGAUGACCUAGACCUGAAGAACUUGGAGGUCCUCCAAAGCGACAACUCAGAAUUCUACCGCAUUGACGACCGCUUCGCCACCCAGUCAUACAAGCACUGCUUCUUCGAUCUAAUGAAUCCGGCCCUGGGAACUGACUUCCCCACCAUUAUGCCCCAGCUGGGCGGCGGCCACCCGCUGUACAACUCUCUCGCACACUUGAACAUUGAAACUGGUGUGACAGAGACAUAUCUCCCUGGAAAGACGCAUAUGGUGCAAGAACCGAUUUUCAUUCCCCGACGCGGAUCUACCGUUGAGGGCGAUGGAUAUGUCAUGGCGUUGGUGAAUAACUAUGUUUCCAUGUGCAGUGAGGUGCACUUGCUGGAUACUAAGGAGUUCACAAAGGCCAAGGCUGUUAUUCUGUUGCCGCUUCGGUUGAGACAUGGUUUGCAUGGUAACUGGGUUGAUGCCGAUGAGCUGGAGGCUAAAGUAUAA